GGCGGAAGCCGGAAGUACCCGGGAGGUUACCUGGGCAACCAGAGCCGACAACGGGGUGCCCGAUUCAUUUGGGGGUACAGGAAAUGCGGAUUACAGCAAUAACCCUAUAAUACCCAGCGGGCGGCGCCUGCCCAGCGGCUUCCCCGAAUAACUUGCAGCAUCCGUGGGGUUGCACUGGGGGAAACAUAGGACCGGGUGACCUUCAUCCAGCCCUGCUCCAUCACCAGAAGAGCCUGGCACGCAGCCGGCAGGGUCAUCUCACCCCAGAAAGCUGCAGCGACAGACAGGAUGGGGGCCGAGCAGAGCUCCGAGGCCGAUCUCCGCCAUGGUGACGUCAGCUCCUCCGCACAUCCCUCUCCAGCCAAACAGCGAGCAAAGAUGGACGACAUUGUAGUGGUGGCCCCUGGGACACAAUCCCACCGCAACGUUACAAAAGACCCAGAGGUGAUCAAGCUACAAGAGAUUCCCACUUUCCAGCCCCUUCUGAAAGGCCUCCUGAGCGGUCAGACCUCCCCAACCAACGUCCGGCUCGAGCGACUGGACUCCCCCCAGGUGCUGCAGUUGUGCGUCCGCUACCAAGAUCACCUGCAUCAGUGUGCCGAGGCCGUGUCCUUCGAUCAGAACGCACUGGUGAAACGAAUAAGAGAGAUGGACUCCUCCGUCGAUACUCUGUACAGCUAUAUGCAGGAACGGCAGAAACGCUUUGCCAAGUACGCAGAGCAGAUCCAGAAGGUGAAUGAGAUGUCUGCAAUAUUAAGGCGUAUCCAGAUGGGCAUCGAUCAGACGGUCCCCCUGAUGGAGAAGCUGAACGCCAUGCUGCCCGAGGGGGAGAGGCUGGAGCCGUUCUGCAUGAGUCCGGACAGGGAGCACAGACAUUAGGGGGGGUCACGUUUCUCCCGGAGUGAGGGAGUGCAGAGCAUGCGAUCAGCAGCGGGUAACGGGCAGGUCUGGCCUCGGAAAACCUCAUGUCCUCUGUUUCAGGGUUCCCAACCCCUAAAACCGGAGCCAUUGUAACAGCGCAGUAGCGCCAAUGAGCUGUUACAGACUAUGCCAGUUCCCUGGUGUGACACGUGCAAAUAGUGGCGGGACAUCUAUCAUCUGCAGCGUCUGCUCCCGCCAUCCUCACACUGGCAGAUAGAGAGCUGUACAGAAAAAAUCUGGGAUAGAAAAAUAUAUACAUAAUAAAUAAAUUGGACAUUUGCUCCUGAAAGGCUGCAAUGCGUCACCUUGUACAAACCACAAUACUGAGGCCACAGCAAUGACCCAGCUGGAGCAGACGCUGUAUACCGGCGAGGCAUAAGGUCUAGUCUCUGUUUAGUCUGAGACGGGUGAGUCUCGCGCUGCUGCGGAAUGUUAUCUGUGAAUAUGUCGUGUACAAUAACAUAAAUUGUGUCCAGCUAUUAAAAUAUUUGUGACAAA